GCCAUCGAGUCUGGUCACAAUCUCUGGCACCUUGCCGAGUGGCACUCAACAGGACGGGAUGUUGGCCUUUUGGCUGAGCCUGGACGAUUGUCUUUGUGACUACAACGAGAGCCUCGAGUGGUUCCAGGCAAUUGUCGAGCAAGCGUUGCGAGACAAGGGUCAAGAUUGGAAAGCUGGGCUGAAAGAGCAAGGCUAUUCCAUGCUGGCCAACAAGCCCAACUUCAGGGGCUUGGCGUUGCUGUUCUUGCCCUUUGAUGCGGCGCGAAAGCUGAGGCGCUGA